AUGUUGAUCAAGGAGUCUCACGUCGAUGUCCCUACCUCUGCCAAUGGCAAGGAGGGUACUAUGCGCAUCUUUGUUUUUCAUCCUACUAUUCCUGGAUACCCCAAUGCGCGCUUCCCUGGUGUGAGUCUCUUCAGCGAGAUCUACCAAGUCACUGGUCCUGUUGCCCGCUUCGCUCGUCAGAUCGCUGGCCAAGGCUACAUCGUCGCUGCACCUUCAUCUUACCAUGACUUCACCGGCCCUGAGCCCCUCAAGUACGAUGCUAAGGAUACUGAUCGCGGCAACAAGUUUAAGAUCGAAAAGACCCUCGAGUCUUAUGAUGCCGACUCAUAUGCCACCGUCGACUACCUCCUCUCACUUCCCACCUGCACAGGCCGUAUUGGAGCUACAGGCAUGUGCCUAGGUGGCCAUCUCGCCGUUCGUGCUGCUCUUGACCCCCGCAUCUCUGCUUGCGUUGCCUACUUCGCAACCGAUAUUCACUCCCGCACACUCGGACCUUAUGAUGCACCAAACACCUCAUCAACCGCCCCUCCCAAUAGCAAUCACACCAUCGAUCUCUUCAACAAGUUCAAGGGAGAGGUUGCCAUGAUCUUUGGUGUCAAGGACACUCAUGUCCCUGAUGCUGGUCGCGAUCUCAUCCGUGCCAAGCUCCGCGAAGCUGGUGUCCCUACUAGCUUCUAUGAGUUUGCUUGGGCUCAGCACGCCUUCAUCCGUGACGAGCUUAGCAAGGGACGUUACGAUCCUGCCAUCACCAAGGUCUGCUUCGAGGUUCUGCUAGAACUCUUCGGCCGUGUUCUCAAGACUGAGUUGGGCGCAAAGGAUGGUGAUGUCCCACCUCCAGAGCACGUUUGCUAA